ACAAGAUGGCGCUUUCCACAGUUCUCCAUGCUGUCGACUCGCCUGUAAAAAUACUUCUGAAAUGAAUUGAUAGCAUACUCUGUUUUUCUUGGUCCUGUUUGUAGCAUAGUGUUUCCUUGCAUUGCUUAAUAAUCUGUCAAUUGUUUUAGACAGAAAUUCGAGAUGUCUACUAACAAGUCUAGUCAGUCUGCGGGGGGAGCAGCACGUAGUGAGGAGGAAGAAACGAAAAGGAGAGCUAUGCUGGAAGAGCAAGUUCAGAUGCGAUUAGCGAUUGACAACAAGGCUUUGCAGAUUGUAGAAAGACUUCUUGAUAACCCAAUCACCGAGGAUUUCCUUGUGGAUUGUUCCAAGUUUAUAAUAACGCAACACUAUAAAGAUGCCGUGGAGGAAAGGUCAAUUCUGAAGCAAUGUGGUUACCCUUUGUGUCAAAGGUCACUUUCUGAUGUUCCUAAUCAGAAAUAUCACAUCAGCAGAAAAACAAACAAAGUGUAUGACAUCACAGAGAGGAAGAAUUUCUGCAGACAGUUUUGCUACAAAGCAUCCAAGUUCUACGAAGCUCAGUUAUCUGAUUCGCCGCUAUGGGCAAGAGAUUUAGAAGGACCACUAGAUCUGAAACUCCUCACUGAGGACAUGGAGACAGAUUCUGAAGUUGCUGAUCUCAUUGCCAAGGACCAUGUACUUCUUACAGAAAGAAUCCAAACCGAAGACAUUGAUUCUUUAGGAAUCGGCAAGAUAGAUAAACCUCUCAAGGAGGAGGCGAUUGGGCUCCUUGCUGAUGACCUCUCUAGUAUGACCUUUGCUGGGACCAGGAGAAGAGAACGACUCCAAGAACUGGAUGAGAUUAGCGGAUCUGAUACAACGUCUCAGGAUGAACCAAGAACAGUUGUAAAUCUUAUUGAUGAAUCUGGUGAGGAUGAUUUGAAAGAUGGAACUGAAUUCACUGAAGGAUCUAAGAAGGAGAUAGUUAAAGAGAGUGAAUCUCACACCAAGCAAAAUCCUGAGGUGGAUAUCCAAACAGCAAAGACAAGCAACCAGGCAGAAAGCUCUCCCAAGAUGACACAAGGAGAAUCCAAAAAGAAAACAAAGAAAAAGUCGAAGAAGAUCCAUCAAAAUGUGGUGAAAGAAAUAUCUUUACUGGAUGUUGUGGGUAAAGCAGUGAUGGAAUGGACAACUGCCGCAACACUUGAUUUUAUUCAUGGAUGUAAUCCAUCGGACCAAGAAAACCCUACAAGCCAAGAGCCAGAGAGUAUGGCUUGUGGUAAAGCUCCUGCAACCUCUGACCCUACUUGCCCUUCUGCAACCUCUGACCCUACUUGCUCUCCUGUAACCUCUGACCUUACUGGUCCUCCAGUUAAACCUCUGCCUGGUAUGGAACGCUUAAAAGAAGAAACACAAAACUAUGACUUGAGAGUGCAGGAGUUUUAUUACGGACAGUCUGUUGAAGUCAAGAAAGAGAAGAAGAAAAGUGGAGGCGUACAAGAGAAGGAUGAGGUAGAUCGUAAAAUCAGGUUGCCUCUGGUCGAUUCCAAAUCUCAGAUGGCAAUUCGAAGAAGGAUCGUCAAUGACAGGCUCAAACGAGAAUACUAUGAGAUCCUAGCACCCAUGCGGUUAUCAUUGAGGGACAUCGCAUCAGACAUCCAAGGUUUAUUGUGUACAUUUCAUCUCGGUAGUCACAAUAUUACAUUCAAGCCAGCCAGCUGGACAAUGCUAGCAAUUCUCCUGCUUACAAUGUAA